AUGGCUUGGAAUUAUGUCAAAAUUUCAAUGUUCGGGACAGCCGCAGCAUACUCCAGGGACGAUGAGAUCAUGGCUGCGGUGACCGUCCUCACCCAGACGCCACAAAAGCGCCCUUGGGGAGGUUCAGUGCCAGGCCACAAGACUUACAAGCGUGAUCGAAUUGCAGCAGACCGGCAACUAAAUCAGGACUACUUUGUUGAACGUCCACUUUACAAUGAGGGACAUUUUAGAAGGAGGUACAAUCUUUGGCCUAGUUUCCAUUUGCAUGACACAUUGAAUUAA